GUAGGCGGGUUUUCCGGCGUCGGUUGCUAAGACAAGCAGGUUUCUCUCCUUAACAACCACCGGGAGGCUGGCGUACGGGGCCGAGGUGACGCAGCAGCAGAAUGCCCUACUUAUGCAAAACUGUUUGGCCUGAAUUCUAACCAUUCCUAGUCUGCAUCUGACUCGCUUCCUGCAGCCUGCUCUGCCCCUUCCCAGGGUCACCGUGGACCAGCAAUGGCGGACACCGGGGAGGGGAAAAAAGAGGAGGCAGACUAUAAGAGACUUCACAUGUUCCCACUGAUCAGGGUAAGAAUGAGAACAAAGAGGUAUGAUAUGAUCUUGGAUCAGCAUUCAGAUAUGCCAGAAGAAAUGCGAGUAGAGGCCAUGGAGUUAUGUGUUACUGCUUGUGAGAAAUAUGCUACCAACAAUGAGAGUGCAGCCAAGAUGAUCAAGGAAACCAUGGACAAGAAGUUUGGCUCCUCCUGGCACGUAGUGAUUGGUGAAGGUUUUGGUUUUGAGAUCACCCAUGAGGUGAAGAACCUGCUGUAUAUGUUUUUUGGAGGCAGCCUAGCGGUUUGUGUUUGGAAGUGUUCCUGACAUACUCUGCCUGUGUACAAGCUUGCCACAGCCAAGAGAUUUUUUCAGACUUUUGAUUGGGGUUUUUUUUGUACAACUUAAAGGGCAGCUUUAUUUUUAAUAAUAAAAUAUUGGGCUUUUUUCUUAUUUAUAUACCAGUUUUAUGGAAAAUAUUUAGCGUCUGUGCGCGUGUAAAUCUGUUGAGCUACCUAAUCCAGCUCAUAGGGUUUCUGAUUUUACCAAUGUGGCUUUUUACUGAGAUGAUGCAAGAGGAAUCAGGGAAUGGAGUUUGUUUUUUUGGGUUUUUUU